AUGGAUAGUAAGCUACCAAGCUUGUUCCCACGCAAGCAUUACUUGGAUAUCAUCGAUGACGCUUGGAUUAUUGAUACCCUAUCUGACGAUGAAAUUGAAGUGCCUCCUGAACUUGAUUUUGACUUGAAUGAAAGUGAAAGCCCUUCCGGUGAAUCGCCAAUAUGGGCUGCAGACGAGAAAGUGGAUCGGUGGAAUGACCUGGGAUUGGAUCAAUGGGUCAAAGACACAGCAUAA